AUGGCUCCGAAGUGGGGAAUCAAGUUCGCCGUCUACCUCAUCACCAACCACUUCGGAAAAAUCGUCGCUAAAGUUUGCGAAAAUCUACUUGACCAUGGCGCUCUCACUCUGGACCUGGUUAUUCGAUACACGGAACUUUCCCCGGAGCAUGUUAAGAACUCAUUGCUUGUGUUGAUUAAACAUAAUUGCGUCCAGGUUUUUGUUGCUCAAGGUGGUGAUGAAGAUGGGUCAAGAGCUAAGACGCAAUACAUGGUGUUGUUUGAUAACAUACUCCAUCGAUUAAGAUUUCCGAAAUUCAUAGAGAUAGUGUCGGGGGAACUUGAUGACAAAUGUGCAAAAUUUUUUGAAGGUUUGCUCCGCGAUGGUAUACUUAACACGAAACAGAUGGUUGAUAGAGAAAGUCAAGGAAAAGAAAAUGCGGUGGCUGCAGCUGCUGUACGAGAGAGCCUUCUUAAACUUCUGAUGGCUCGAUAUGUUGAGCGUUGUCCACUCCCUGAGGCUAGGAUAGUUGAAGGAGAAAUUAUUACUAAGAAGCGUGGUGCUAAGGGGGCCCAGGAUGUAAUAGUGAUGGAGAAACAAAUCCAGCUGAUACAAGCGUUGCAGAAAAUAAUGCAAAAGAGGACUUAA